GUUUUGUUUAUGAAGUAUGUUUUUGUAUAGUGGACACUCGAUGAAUGAGUUUGACUGAUACUUCAAUGAAGUUACUUGUUGGAUCCAAAUAUAGAUAGUUUCGAAUAUUGAUGUUUAAUGAACUUAUGAAGGUUAAUAGAUCCACGCUCUCGUCUGUUUUCAGUUUCUUUUGUUUAUGGAAUAUACUUAAAGUAGUUGACCCUGGAUGAAUGAGUUUAACAUUGGAGUAAGUUGCUCGGACUAGGGUGUCGGUGUCUGAUAGGGGUGCGGAUCUAGAGGUCGGAUCCUUCAUGAUCUAAAUAUUAAGAUUUGGGAGUAUGGAUACAGGUUCGGAUAUGGAUGGGGGAAUUCAGCUAAAAAUAAUGCAAAUAUCUAAAAAUAGAGUUAUAUGCCUAAGUUAUGAGACAUUAUUUAGAAAACUUACAAGGUAUUCUGAGGAGAAAAUAUUGAUCAAGAGGAGAAUCCAAGAAGGAGAUAUAAGGAAGGAGACAUAGAAAUUUAUAUAUACAAGCUAUCCAUUUUCUUCAAUUUCACCUUAGCUUUUGGCUUUAUUACAAAAAUCAUUGUACCUGUCCCAAAUUUCUCUAUUGAUUUUGGCCAAAGUAUCCAAAAUCAGUUGACCAUAUCCGGUACGGAUCCCGCACCCACAGCCACACCCACGUUGUGUCAACACGGGUGCGGCACCGAAAGUGAAGAGUCCGAGCAACUUAGGGAGUUGAUAUUUGAAUGAAGUUUAUCUAGGCUUGUGGGUGUUAUAUUUUGGAUCCAAUCAUCACAAAGAGUGUCAAGUUUUUGCAUUUGAAUGUUUUUUUGGACUUGAAAUGAGUUUGAAGAAGGUUAAUUAUGGCCAUAUGAAUGAGUUUGUCACUGAAGUUAAUACUUGAAUAAACUUCUGAUCUUGGCUUGUUGGUGUUAAGUUUUUUAUCCAAAUGUGUACAAAAGGUCCUGGCCUGAAUGAGGUCAAACCAUGCUAUAUACAGCUAGCUGUACUUUGUCCUCUCCAUUAUUGAGGUGAUCAUCUUCAAGUUGGCAGUGAAGACUAUGUGUUUGAGCUUGCGCCUAAUUGCCAAUGUUGUAGCAUAUUUGUUAGCAUAUAUGAAUGACUUGAAUUCUUUGAAGAUUUUCACUGUCCUCUGCCUUGUCGUACCAUGGGAUCUUACCUGAACUUCAAGAACUUUGGUGACUCAUCACAACCAGAGAGCAGCGGUGGAAAUAAUAGUAAUUUUUGGUUGGGCCGACAAUCUUCCAUAUACUCGUUUACCUUUGAUGAGCUGCAAAGUACGUGUGGACUUGGAAAAGAUCUUGGGUCGAUGAAUAUGGAUGACCUCUUGAAGAACAUUGAAGAGUCUCAAGCAUUGCCAUCUUCUGCUGGUGCUGGGGGAAAUUUGCAGAGACAGGGUUCUUUGACACUGCCUAGGACACUAAGUCAGAAAACUGUCGAUGAAGUAUGGCAAGACUUUCAGAAAGAGACUGUUAAUGCUAAUGAUGGAAGUGGAACGGGAGGAUUAAACUUUGGGCAGGGGCAAUCUACCUUGGGAGAAAUGACAUUAGAAGACUUUUUGGUUAGAGCAGGGGCUGUGAGAGAAGAUAUGCAACCAACUGGAUAUUCAAAUGAUGUUACAUUCACUCAACCUAGUAAUAACAACAUAGCAUUUCAACAAGCAACCCAAAACCCUGGACAGUUGAGUAAUCAAAUUGCAGGGAAUAACAUAUUCAAUGUGGUUAGUACCACAUCUUCACAGCAAAAGCCACAGCUGCCCCUUUUCCCCAAACAAACAACUGUAGAAUUUGCAUCACCCAUGCAAUUAGGUCAACUGGCUUGCCCAGGGACAAGGGCUCCCAUGUCUAAUCCGACUGCAAAUACUAGUAGUAUCAUGCAGGGUGGUGUUAUGAGCAUGGCUCCAGUAAAAGGAGGAUCUCCUGGAAAUCUUGAUACAUCUUCUGUUUCACCUUCACCUUAUGCUGUGUGUGGUGAAGUUGGAAGAGGAAGGAGAUCAUGCACUUCUUUUGAAAAAGUUGUUGAGAGAAGGCGUAAGAGGAUGAUAAAGAACAGGGAGUCUGCCGCCAGAUCAAGGGAUCGCAAGCAGGCAUACACUUUAGAGUUGGAAGCUGAAGUGGCGAAGCUUAAAGAAAUCAAGGAAGAGUUGCAGAAGAAACAGGCUGAAUUUAUGGAGAAGCAGAAAAAUCAGUUAUUGGAAAAGAUGAAUAUGCCGUGGGAAAAUAAACUAAUAUGCUUGAGAAGGACAGUGACAGGACCUUGGUAGUCAAAUAUGGAAGUAGAAGAGCAAAUCCCCGAGUAGACGGUUGGCGAAUUGGUAGACAGGAGAAUGAAGUGAACUAUCUGUUUUCUUCUCCUUUUCUUUUUUAAUGAUCAAAUCAGUUGACGAACCUGUCCGGCGUUCCAGAGAGUGAGCCUGCUCCUCUACCCUCCUCCCAGCUUAUGCAUUGAAAUAUGUUUUAAUUCAGGUCUUUCCGUCAAAUGAUAGAUUACGUAUAGUGCAGCACAGGUGCUGUGUACUGUACAUUAUGUAAACAAUAUUCUUGCAUAAAGUUUCCUCGUGUGCUUUUUUGUUGGCUUCA